AUGGCGAACAACAAUAGACGUCGAAUAAGUUUUGUUGAUUUUUCUCAUCCCCAAGUAUGGCAUAAAUUAAUUGAAUAUGCUGAAGUGACUAUAGCCUUUACUAAACUAAUUACUGAUUUCACAAAUCAAUGGGCUAAAAUAUGUUUUUUGGCGUCAUCUCAAUUGCAUCAACUUGCAGCUGAAUUUCGUAGAAAAACCGAAAGUGAAAUUCGAGACAAAUGUCACCUGGGUGGUAUGAUGUACGAUUUAUGGGAAUCGUUACUACUUGAAUCUGAACUGGAAUCACAGUCUUUGAAAAAAAUGGCAUGUUUAAUGGAAAAAGAAAUAUGUACACCGUUGACAAGUUUUGUAACAAAUAAAAGUGUUGAAUUAACUAUCAAUAAACAACAUCGUCGGGAUCUGAAUGAUAUUUUAGAGCGAAGUCAUGAAAUUGUUCAAGAAUUACAAGAAGAAUAUUCGAAAACAUACAAUGACUCGGGCGUUACACCCGAGUUUCAUCGGGCUCAUAAUCAAUAUCUGAUUGAAUUAGUUGGCGUUAAUAGUCUUCUAUCAAAAUAUCAAUAUCAUAUUUUACCACAACUCCUUCAAGGAAUGGAACAAUCACAAAUUAAUGUUAUUGAUACUGUUUGUCAAAAUUUACAAUUAAUCGCUUCUCUCAUAGAGAAUCAUCAUGAACAACGUCAUCGUAGUUUUGCAUCAUUUGUCGUAACAAGUACAACAACAGAUCCAAACGAAGAAUUAGAAAAUUAUAUUUGCUCAAUAAAGGAGUCAAGUGGUGAUUCAUCGGCAACACCAGCUCAAGUUGAAUUCGAAACAUUUCGCCCGCCGUCAAAUAAAAUGACAACGUACAGUGCUCGUGUACAACAAACAUCAGCAAUUCAUUCGGAACAAUUAAUAGUUUACGCAGCGCCAGUUAUUCAAUCGCAAGUUUCGUCACGUUGCAAAGAAACUGUGGAACGUUUAAAAGAAAUAAAAAAAGAGAAAUCAACGUUAUUAACUCAAGUUAAUAAAACACCAUCAAAACAAUAUCUACAACAAGAUGCUCAACAACAGUCAGGCAAAGUCAUUCUUAACCAACUGCAAAGUUAUAUGAAAAAGAAACAUUUGCUACGUUUAAUUGAACUUGAAGAAUCUGUUUUAAUAGCUCAGCAAGAAUUACUUAAAUCUCAUCGACACUCGAUGAGUAGCAUUGGCGAAAGUGAUCCAGAAGCGCAAAAGCGCAGUCUAAAAAGUAUGAAAGGAGUUUGGCGUGAUACAUGUCGAGCAUUAAAAAAGUCCACAACGUCUUCAAGCGGUUCUGGUGCUGAUGCAGGUCGUUUAGUAAGUUAUGAAAAGCUUCGUCGUAGAAUGAUCAUAUAA